CCUAGCUGGAUUUAUUUCUGGAAUCACCAUGAUAUCAUGCUAUCACAUGGACAUCCAUAGCUCUGUAGGAGAGAGGGCGGUACUCCUGCUUUGUCGCUGCCACUAAAAAUAGGCUGAGCCAGCUCUAGGCACAGAUAGCAGACUGUGGGCAGUAGUGCUUGGCCGUCAUGUGCCAGUCGGUGCUGCCUGCAACUCCCCCUUAUCCGGAGCCAUCAAGAGUACUUAAUUUGCGAUCGUGUGAACAUUUCUGCUCUGCAUCUACAGAGCAUUUCCGCUAUCACUCACAUAGACACACUACUCCAACAUCUCGGACGACUGCGAUGGCUGCUACCGACUCGAAUACCUACAUCCUCCGCUACUUUGACAUCGUCGGAAUCGCGGAAACUGCCCGUCUUAUGCUCAUCCUCAGCGGCGCCAACUGGAUCGAGGAGAACCCAGAGUGGCCGGCUGCCAAGGACCAGCAGCCGAUGCGUCGUCUGCCCGUCCUAAUCGAGAAGAACCCUGCCGGAGAAGUGGUCCUUGAGCUCACCGAGUCGCAUGUCAUCGAGCGCUAUCUUGCUCGAAAGUUUGGAUUCAUCUCUGCCGAGCCUGCUGCUGCCGCCAGACAUGAGCAGCUGCGCGAUCAGAUGGUCGAUAUCCAGUUCUCUCCUGUAUAUGCAAUCGAGAGCGAGGGAGCUGCCCGCGAGUACUUCCUUAAUAAGUACUCCUCGCUGUCCGAGUGCUUGAUCAAGUUCCACACCAAGGUCCUGCAGGCAAAUGGCAGCAACGGCCAUUACUUUGGAGACAAGACAUCUUAUGUUGACCUGGCGCUGUACGCAUUCGUCAGCUUCCUCCGCACUCUAGCUGAGGACAAGGGCAUGCAGUUUGCCGAGGUCUUUGACCCAGAAAACGUGCCCGAGUUCGCCAAGGUUGUUGACACGGUCAGGGCCGAGCCAGCGCUGCAAGAUCACUUUGCGGGCAAGCGUAGGCGUGCGUCACGGCUUUAGCUGUUUCUUUGAC